GAAUGGAUCCUCAAAAUGGAGUGUUCAGCCAAACUUGAAUUGUUUCACAGUGGCAUCCAUUGUCCAUACUUUCAGACAAGAAAACAGUUCAGUGAGAAGUAUGGCUCAGUCUUCACUGUGUGGCUUGGUCCCAAACCAGUGGUUGUGCUGUCUGGGUAUCAGACCAUUAAGGAAGCUCUUCUGAACCAGGGGGAGGAGUUCAGUGGCCGUGCCAUUUACCCUGUGCUCCUUCAAGCCACCAAAGGCUAUGGGGUGUUGGCAAGCAGUGGGAGUCGUUGGAAGGAUCUACGGAGGUUCUCCCUGAUGACCCUGAAGAAUUUUGGAAUGGGGCGCAGGAGCAUCGAAGAAAGGGUACAAGAAGAAGCCAGGUUUUUGGUCAAAGCCUUCAGUGAAUAUGGAGAUUCUGCCUUCAACCCACACCAUUUGUUGUGUAAUGCUGUGUCCAAUGUCAUCUGUUCCAUCGUCUUUGGCAAGAGGUUCGAAUACGAUGACCAGCAGUUCAAGUUCCUCCAGCAGAGCAUUGAUGCUUACUUCCAUUUUCUCAGCAGCUCCAAAGGACAGUUCUUCAACAUGUUUCCCAGACUGGCCUGGUACCUGCCCGGCCCUCAUCAUGAGGUCUUUCAGCACCUCGAGAAGGUCAGAAAUUACAUUGAACAGGAAGCCAAGCAACGCCUCAGCCACCUGGACAUCAACUCCCCUCAGGACUACAUUGAAGCAUUUCUGGUCCGGAUGCUGGAGCAAGAACACAAGCCUGACAGCGAGUUCCACUUUGACAACCUGGUGAGUUCCAUUUGGAACCUGUUCUCCGCAGGGACGGAGACCACCUCUUCCACGCUGAGGCACGGCCUGCUGCUCAUGAUGAAGUACCCUCACGUCCAAGAGCGGAUUCAGAAGGAGAUUGAUGAGGUGGUAGGGUCCUCCAGAAGCCCCUCAGUCCAGGACAGACAGAACAUGCCCUACACUGAUGCUGUCAUUCAUGAGGUCCAACGGUCUAUGGACCUCACCCCCACUUCUGUUCCUCACAAAACGAUGAGGGACACAGAAUUCAAGGGCUACUUCCUCCCUGAGGGUACGAUGGUCCUCACUCUGUUGUCCUCUGUUCUCUCUGAUCCAAAACUUUGGAAAAACCCUGACGCCUUUGACCCAGAGAACUUCCUGGAUGAGAACGGAAGCUUCAAAAAGAAUGACGCGUUCCUGGCAUUUGGACUGGGGAAACGGGUCUGUCUCGGGGAGGGGCUGGCCAGGGUGGAGCUCUUCCUCCUCUUCUCCUCCCUCCUCCAGCGAUUCACCUUCAGAGCGACGCAGCCCCCGGAGGAGAUCGACACCAGCCCUGCGUGCUGCAGCUUCGGACGACUGCCACGCACCUACAGCUGCUAUGCGCAGCUCCGAGAAUAAACCCGACGCCAGGCCUCAUAAUGGCUUCCUUGAUUUCACUGGCACAACUCUGGUCCUCUUGUUGGAAAAUGGCAAUGACAGUCUCCAGAGGCAAUCAACUGGACUAGAACCAAGAAGAGAUAUGAAAAACUCUCUUAUAGUUGCACCAAGAAAGCAAUUGAACACAUCUGAUUAAUCAGAAACACCCGUGAAGCCAUUUGUCCCGAAUAUUAUGGUUCCCUGAAAUGCUGGGAGGAUGUAUAAAAAGUGCUAUAAUUUCUAAAUGGUGCAAAAAUACCCUUUAAUAAAAGCUGAGAAUCUGAACUUUAA